CAGCCCCACCCCCGCUGUCAGCUGGAGGAAGCGGAGUAGGAAGCGGCCGCGAUGUCCUUUUGUGUCCUACAAGCAGCCGGCGGCGCCGCCGAGUGAGGGGACGCGGCGCGGUGGGGCGGCGCGGCCCGAGGAGGAGGCGGAGGAGGGGCCGCCCGCGGCCCCCGGCUCACUCCGGCACUCCGGGCCGCUCGGCCCCCAUGCCUGCCCGACCGCGCUGCCGGAGCCCCAGGUUGGGGGCGGGACGCGGCGCCCCGGGAGGUGGCGGCCUCUGCGACAGCGGGCGUAUAAGAGUGGACCUGCAGGCUGGUCGCGAGGAGGUGGAGCGGCGCCCGCCGUGUGCCUGGGAUCGGCAUGCUGGGGCAGGAGGGCAGCCGCGUGUCAGGUGACCAGCGCCAUGUCCAGCCAGGUGGUGGGCAUUGAGCCUCUCUACAUCAAGGCAGAGCCGGCCAGCCCCGACAGUCCAAAGGGUUCCUCGGAGACGGAGACCGAGCCUCCUGUGGCCCUGGCCCCUGGUCCAGCUCCCACUCGCUGCCUCCCAGGCCACAAGGAAGAGGAGGAUGGGGAGGGGGCUGGGCCUGGCGAGCAGGGCGGUGGGAAGCUGGUGCUCAGCUCCCUGCCCAAGCGCCUCUGCCUGGUCUGUGGGGACGUGGCCUCCGGCUACCACUAUGGUGUGGCAUCCUGUGAGGCCUGCAAAGCCUUCUUCAAGAGGACCAUCCAGGGGAGCAUCGAGUACAGCUGUCCGGCCUCCAACGAGUGUGAGAUCACCAAGCGGAGACGCAAGGCCUGCCAGGCCUGCCGCUUCACCAAGUGCCUGCGGGUGGGCAUGCUCAAGGAGGGAGUGCGCCUGGACCGCGUCCGGGGUGGGCGGCAGAAGUACAAGCGGCGGCCGGAGGUGGACCCACUGCCCUUCCCGGGCCCCUUCCCUGCUGGGCCCCUGGCAGUCGCUGGAGGUCCCCGGAAGACAGCCCCAGUGAAUGCACUGGUGUCUCAUCUGCUGGUGGUUGAGCCUGAGAAGCUCUAUGCCAUGCCUGACCCUGCAGGCCCUGAUGGGCACCUCCCAGCCGUGGCUACCCUCUGUGACCUCUUUGACCGAGAGAUCGUGGUCACCAUCAGCUGGGCCAAGAGCAUCCCAGGCUUCUCGUCGCUGUCGCUGUCUGACCAGAUGUCAGUACUGCAGAGCGUGUGGAUGGAGGUGCUGGUGCUGGGUGUGGCCCAGCGCUCACUGCCACUGCAGGAUGAGCUGGCCUUCGCUGAGGAUUUAGUCCUGGAUGAAGAGGGGGCACGGGCAGCUGGCCUGGGGGAACUGGGGGCUGCCCUGCUGCAACUAGUGCGGCGGCUGCAGGCCCUGCGGCUGGAGCGAGAGGAGUAUGUUCUACUGAAGGCCCUGGCCCUUGCCAAUUCAGACUCUGUGCACAUCGAAGAUGCCGAGGCUGUGGAGCAGCUGCGAGAAGCUCUGCACGAGGCCCUGCUGGAGUACGAAGCCGGCCGGGCUGGCCCCGGAGGGGGUGCUGAGCGGCGGCGGGCGGGCAGGCUGCUGCUCACGCUACCGCUCCUCCGCCAGACAGCGGGCAAAGUGCUGGCCCAUUUCUAUGGGGUGAAGCUGGAGGGCAAGGUGCCCAUGCACAAGCUGUUCUUGGAGAUGCUCGAGGCCAUGAUGGACUGAGGCAAGGGGUGGGACUGGUGGGGGUUCUGGCAGGACCUGCCUAGCAUGGGGUCAGCCCCAAGGGCUGGGGCGGAGCUGGGGUCUGGGCAGUGCCACAGCCUGCUGGCAGGGCCAGGGCAAUGCCAUCAGCCCCUGGGAGCAGGCCCCACGCCCUCUCCUCCCCCUCCUAGGGGGUGUCAGAAGCUGGGAACGUGUGUCCAGGCUCUGGGCACAGUGCUGCCCCUUGCAAGCCAUAACGUGCCCCCAGAGUGUAGGGGGCCUUGCGGAAGCCAUAGGGGGCUGCACGGGAUGUGUGGGAGGCAGAAACCUAUCUCAGGGAGGGAAGGGGAUGGAGGCCACAGUCUCCCAGUGGGUGAUGCUUUUGCUGCUGCUUAAUCCUACCCCCUCUUCAGAGCAGAGUGGGACUUGGAGAGCAAAGGCCCAUGCCCCCUUCGCUCCUCCUCUCAUCAUUUGCAUUGGGCAUUAGUGCCCCCCCUUGAAGCAAUAACUCCAAGCAGACUCCAGCCCCUGGACCCCUGGGGUGGCCAGGGCUUCCCAAUCAGCUCCCAACGAGCCUCCUCAGGGGGUAGGAAAGCACUGCCUCUAUGCCCUGCAGAGCAAUAACACUAUAUUUAUUUUUGGGUUUGGCCAGGGAGGCGCAGGGACAUGGGGCAAGCCAGGGCCCAGAGCCCUUGGCUGUACAGAGACUCUAUUUUAAUGUAUAUUUGCUGCAAAGAGAAACCGCUUUUGGUUUUGAACCUUUAAUGAGAAAAAAAUAUAUAAUAUCGAGCUCAA